CUUGUGUUCCUGAUAGCCGUUUUGAAUCGCUGUGUGUGACCGCCAUCUCCUGGAUAUCCGUCGAAGUUACACAGAUGGAUGAAACCGCACGCUAUACGGUAGAUGGGGCCAUAACACAAAGCUCCCAGUCGGACUCGCAUGGUUGUGUCUACCCCGUUACAGCCUGCAGUAAGUGAAAUCCAGCCCGCUUCCAGCAGCCCCCCCACAGUUAACACGGACCAAAGUUAUCCCGGAAUAAGGACAGCACGCAUGUGCCGUCAACCCGGAUGUAGAUAUUUUUGUACGCGUCUAUACCCCUUUUCACCAAGUUGUGACAAAUUUUGCCGUUAGGAAUGAAUUAUAUAUUUUAGCACCGGCUGGACAAAGCUCUGCCAUUCCAAACCACUCCGAACCGGGUUAACAAGCCGUGAUAUGUAUCGACCUACGUGGACGUCACAUGUGAGUGACAGCUCCACAGAAAUCCGUUUCCGAGGAGCUGCGCUUUUGAUUUACGGCGAGAGAGCACAAAACACGUCCUGUAACUUAGAGGAUGGAAUUUCGCGGAAGGAGGCAUGAGCGAGGCAGCAACUGGACCGACCCGGAGAUAGUGGAGCUGCUCCAGCUGUGGUCCGAUGAGUCGGUCCAGAUUGAACUGGAGAGCUCCCUGCGCAACCAGCGUGUGUUUGACCGCAUAGCCCACGUCUUGCACGAAAAGGGCAUCUAUCGCACAGGCGACCAGUGCAGGGAGAAGAUCAAGAAGAUGAAGCUGGAGUACCGCCGCAUCAAGGACAACCACAAAAUGAGGUCUUGGAAGUUUUAUGAUGUGAUGGACAGAGUGCUGGCGAACCGGCCGGCCAUUACGUACUCCUCCCUGGGAGGGGCUGUCAUAGCUCAACAGGUGUUUCAGAGCCAUGGCGGGCCAGAGGCAUACUUGCAAGGAGUUCCAGUCGGUUCCUUUGGUCCGGCUUCCUCAGGUGGGUUUCUGUUUGGUCAGCCUCCAAAAACGGGAGAUCCACUGGAUAUAAAAUGUGAGGAUGUUGAGGAGAGCAUGCUGAACUCGGGUGUUGCGCCCCCUGAGAUGUACUAUGGAUCUGGAGAUGACCAGGAAACUGAUGGGCAAUCUAUACUGGGGCCAGAGGACACACUGGGUCACGGAGAGAGCUCAACAAAUGCAAGAAUCUCACCUUCAGGUUUUAGCGACCUGAACAUCGCUAGCUCUGCCACAGCUGCCACCCAGGCUGUUGGUGGUCCUGUACCACUGGACCCAUCUGAGCAACCCAAUAAGGAGGGUUCUCACCCCCCAACUUCUCUGAGACAGAGGAAGCGUCGCCGGGGUGGGAGAACAUCAUGGAGCCACGGAGGCGCUAGAUGUGGCAGUCAGGGGAGCCUGGAUAAAGUCCUGUCCAGCUUCCUGAACUGGCAGCAGUCAGCAGAGGAGCGCCUCCUCUCCCUGGAGGAGGCGCGGCUGGAGAGAGAGUUUCAGGCGGAGGAGCGCAGGGAACAGCGGGAGGAGAGAAGGGCGGAACAGGAACGCCAGCAUGAGCUCCGGCUGUUGAGCAUGCUCACGGGGGCGUUGGUUGCUGUCGGACAGGUUGCUCCGACCACCGCAGCAACACCGACUGACCCCUCCGUCUCACCCCAAGCUCAUCUGUCAGUUUCACCGCAAACAACGGCCGCCCCCUCCGUCUCGUCAUCUUUAUUUCAGCCGCCUUCAGAAGCUCCCACGGCUCAGGCUGUUUCCACUCAGGAGACGACAACGUCAGCGCAGCCUACAUCUGUCAAGGCCUGCAAAAUGUCACAGAAUGUUUUGGCAACCCUGAGAGGCGCAGAAACACCCGGCCGUAGCGUGUACCUAUCUAAUCGUGGUAACAGCAUCCGACAGCAUCAAGGCAUUCUCCAGGAAGGCUAUGCCCAGUAUGGAAUGGACAAGCACCAUGACACAGACAACCCUGAUGGUAUAAUCAACAUGGGAACCAGUGAGAACAAACUAUGCUACGAUCUACUUCACAAACGGCUGACCAAGCCUGACAUGUUACAUAUUGACCCAUCCUUGUUGCAGUAUUCAGACUGGAGGGGACACACAUUCCUGAGAGAGGCGGUUGCAAAGUUCUUGUCUCACUACUGCUGUUCUCCAAACCCACUCAAAGCCGACAAUGUUGUGGUGAUGAAUGGAUGUGGUUCCCUUUUCUCAUGUAUUGCUGCAGUAAUUUGUGACCCCAAAGAUGCGAUUCUUAUUCCUACUCCUUUCUAUGGUGUCAUCACUGAGGAUCUGCAUUUGUAUAGUGAUGUUAAACUCUUCCAUGUUCCUCUGGACUGUGAGGCUGAUUGCAAAGACAGUCGGCCCUUUGACCUCACUGUAGGGAAACUAGAGGAAGGCCUGCAAAGGGCUAAGCAAGAGGGGUUGAUCAUCCGAGCUGUUAUACUGAUGAACCCCCACAACCCUCUGGCUGAGAUCUACACCCCAAAGGAAAUGAUUGCCUUCCUGGAGUUUGCCAAAAGAAAUGAGCUCCACGCCAUUGUAGAUGAAGUGUACAUGCUGACGGUCUUUGAUGAAUCUAUCACCUUUCACAGUGUCCUCAGUGUAGACAGUUUGCCCGACCCACAGAGGACGCAUGUAAUGUGGGGGGUGAGCAAGGACUUUGCAAUGGCUGGAAUCAGAAUAGGCACUCUGUAUACAGAGAAUAGAGACCUAGUGGAGGCUUUGGCCCAGCUGGGCUCAUUCCACGGUAUCUCUGGAACCACGCAGCACCAGGUAGCACAGCUGCUUCAGGACAGAGAGUGGAUCAGUGGGGAUUUUUUGCCCGAGAACAGAAGCAGACUGAAAGCUGCUCACAGCUACCUGAAAGGGGAGCUGCAGAGUAUGGGCAUCCCCUACAUGGACAGGCCUGCUGCGCUGUAUGUCUGGGCUGACCUCAGGAAGUACCUCAGAGAGUCGUCAUUUGAGGCGGAGUUGUCUCUGUGGAGGACCUUCCUCAGACACAAGGUGGUGUUGAGCUGUGGUCAGGCCUUCUUCUGCUCCACACCCGGCUGGUUCCGCAUUGUCUUCGCAGACCAACAGCAGCACCUUCAGCUUGGCCUGAAGCGAAUCAGGGAGGCUUUGAAAGAAAUUGAAGAAAAAAGUGCCAGCCCUGAUUCACACUCCAUCAAAGACGCCAGUGAGGAGAGCAAAAAGUCAGUGAAAGAGGACAGUGCAGAAUCAGACAAUGCUGUAAUUGUUAAUUCAACAUCAUCACCCGAGAGCAAGUCAUCGGACCAGCUGAAGGAGAAGGACAGCCCUGUUCCUGACACAGGCUCGUUGGCCACUGAGGAGUUUGUGUUGCUUGACUGCCAAGCGUCGAAACCCGUAGAGAGUCUGGAUUCUCUGAUUGGUACUCUCAGGCAUCAAAUCCGCUCCUCUGAUUGGCUGGAGAAAAACACUCCAGAGCUGUCUGCCGGAGAGGACCCAGAGAUUCUUGAUGUAUUCAAGGCCCUGCUGCAAAGAGCCAGAAAGUAAGCUUAGGAUAAACAGGCGCGAAUGUAGCUGCCAAAAUUGGAGAGGCAGCACUUUAGCAUCCUUCCUGCUCCCUGUGUUUAUGGCGAAAAGCUCGACACAAACACCUGGCAAAAGGUCAAAUCUGAUGCCUGUCUUUUAGAAGUGAAGAAGAAACAUUAGCCACAAGCUGGCUAAAGAGGAGAGAAGAAGAAAAGCAAUGCAGGCAAGGCCAGGAUGGAAGAACCAGGACAGAGUACUUUUCUAUCUGCAUUUUGAGGCCUUAUUUUUAAGCUUCUAAGGGAGACGGCAUUGAUUUUUUUUUUUGUAAUCCAGAGUCAGAAUUUGAGUAAAUGAACAUAAAUCUUUUAAGUGAAUGCCAAAUGUAAAUCAACCAAAAGCAGUCAUGUUCUAUUCUAAAACAUUAUAAGUCUCUCAAUUGUACAUUUUUAUUAUUUUGAUCAUAUGCACUUUAUUUUAUCAGAAUGUAUUGUACUUUCUGUAAAGUGAAUGGUUGGUGAAUAAAGAAAUUAAUUAUUA